AUGGCCACCACCAAGAAGACAGUUCUCAUCAUGGGCAGUACGCGCAGCAUCGGUCUCGCCUUGGCAGAAUACUACACCAAGCAAGGGUGGAAUGUCAUCGGGAACGACGCGUGCCAACAACAACACAGAUCUGUGAGUGAUGAAGCCUCUAUACUCGAGGCAGCCCGUCAACUGGAGGGUGUGCCAAUCGAUCUGCUGAUUAACAAUGCCGGCAUCUACAUCGGCGACGACCUCAAGUCCGCUACCAAGGACUCAUUCAUGCGCCAGUUCGAGGUGAACGCUGUCGGGCCAUUCCUCGUAACCCGCACGCUCUUGCCUAACUUAGAGCUGGCUGCCAAGAACCACGGCAGCGCCACCGUUGCUCAAGUAUCAUCUUUCCUAGGUAGCAUCGGCUGCAACACGAGCGACAUGGAGCAAUACUUCGGACAAUCGUACACGUACGCCGCGUCCAAGGUUGCUCUCAACAUGGUCAGUCGCUCGAUGUCCGUCGGGUUGCGUGACAGCAACAUUGCGUUUGUGGUGCUGAAUCCCGGAUAUGUCGACACUGAUAUGAAUAACCACCAAGGCUAUCUGAAGCCUUCCGAGUCGGCCGAGGCGAUGGCCAACAUCGUGGCAAACCUAUCCAUGAAGGACACGGGAAAGUUCUUCAAUGCUGACAAGCAGUUCGGUGGUCUCGACCUUCCGUGUCGCAAGACGCGAGGAAGAUAA